AGUUUACAAUGUGGAACGCAGCGUUGACCUCCCCCCGGAUUCACCUCUAGUGCGAAGCCAUGUUUCGUUCUUUGAGACGCGUUCAGCAGUUAAACUGCAACUUCGCUGCUUUGCAAAGACAAGGAAUCAUCUCUUACCGCCUGAUCUGCACGUCCAGGAUGGCCUCUUCAGAGUACAGGAUCGAGCGGGACACGUUUGGCGAGCUCAAGGUCCCAGCUGACAAGUACUACGGCGCCCAGACUGUCAGAUCCACCAUGAACUUCAAGAUAGGAGGACCAAGUGAGAGAAUGCCAGUCCAAGUGAUCAAGGCCUUCGGUGUUCUGAAGAGAGCAGCUGCUGAGGUGAACAAGGAGUACGGCCUCAACCCUAAGCUGGCCGAUGCAAUCAUCCAGGCUGCAGACGAGGUAUCGGCUGGUAAACUGGACGAUCAUUUCCCCCUGGUCGUGUGGCAAACUGGGUCAGGCACUCAGACCAACAUGAACGUCAACGAGGUGAUCAGCAACAGAGCCAUUGAGAUCUUGGGAGGACAGCUGGGCUCUAAAGAUCCCGUCCACCCCAACGACCACGUCAACAAAAGCCAGAGCUCCAACGACACCUUCCCCACUGCCAUGCACAUCGCCGCAGCCACGGAGGUCCACCAGGUUCUGCUGCCGGGCCUGCAGACGCUCCACGACGCUCUGGCUGCCAAGGCUGACGAGUUCAAAGAUAUCAUCAAGAUUGGGCGCACGCACACUCAGGAUGCUGUGCCCCUGUCCCUAGGACAGGAGUUCAGUGGCUACGUCCAGCAGGUGAAGUACAGUAUAGAGCGAGUGAAGGCCGCCAUGCCCAGGGUGUACGAGCUGGCAGCAGGAGGCACCGCCGUGGGCACGGGACUGAACACGCGCAUUGGUUUUGCUGAGAAAGUAGCUUCCACUGUGUCUUCUCUCACUGGCCUGCCUUUCGUCACCGCCCCCAACAAAUUUGAAGCGCUGGCAGCCCACGAUGCCCUGGUGGAGCUGAGUGGAGCGCUGAACACCGUGGCGGUCAGCAUGAUGAAGAUCGCCAACGACGUUCGCUUCCUGGGUUCGGGCCCCCGCUCUGGCCUGGGGGAGCUCAUCCUCCCAGAGAAUGAGCCCGGGAGCAGCAUCAUGCCGGGCAAGGUGAACCCGACCCAGUGUGAGGCCAUGACCAUGGUCGCAGCCCAGGUGAUGGGAAACCACGUCGCAGUCACCAUCGGAGGGAGCAACGGACACUUUGAGCUCAACGUCUUCAAACCCAUGAUGAUUAAGAAUGUGCUGAACUCUGCACGGCUGCUGGGCGACGCGUCCGUCUCUUUUACGAACAACUGCGUGGUGGGCAUCCAGGCCAACACCGAGAGAAUCAACAAGCUCAUGAAUGAGUCUCUAAUGCUGGUCACUGCACUGAACCCACACAUCGGUUACGACAAAGCUGCCGCGAUCGCCAAGACGGCCCACAAAAAGGGUUCAACUCUUAAGGCUGUGGCCGUGGAGCUGGGAUACCUGACUGAGGAGCAGUUUGACCAGUGGGUGAAGCCGAGUGACAUGCUGGGGCCAAAGUGAACUGUCGCAACACCAGAAAUGCUAAAAUACAAUGAAAAUACCCCGUCAGUGUGAGAGGGUAUUUUCUUUGAAAUGAGAACUGAAUAUUGAAACUUUGCUUUGAAUCCUGACAUCUCUGAUCUCAAUAAAUGAGAAUCCGUUAUUCUACUUACAAA